UUUGUCAUUCUGUCUGUCAGCGCACCCGUCUCCGAGACCUCGCCGUACGAGAUGGUCCGCUCUCAGGAGCUCAACGCUCUUCUGGGCCCUAAAGCAAGCAUGCAGGCGGUCGACCUGCUGUGUGACCUGCACAACACCACUGCAAACACAGGGCUGUGUCUCAUCACAUACUCCGACCGCGACUGGAUCUGCCUGCACAUCUGCAAACACCUGCAGAGAGAAAUGGCCUCCACUCCUGUCAGAUACGUUCACUUUGAUAUUCCUCUCAAUGAAGCCUAUUCUCUGGAUUCAGUAGGGAAGCAUGGAUUUGCGAUGGAGAUUGGGCCACAGCCUCACGGCGUCGUCAGGUCUGUGAUAUUCAGUGCCAUGCAGGAAGGAGUUCAGCUGAUGAUGGACUGGAUCUGUCAGUUCAACUCAGGGACGCUGUUCGAAGGAGGAUGGGUUGAUGUGUACACAAUGGUGAAGAAUAUCGACUAUCCACGAGACUCUGAAACACACGUGAUCACGGCCGCGGUCCAUCCCGACCUACAGGAUAGAGAUUUCUGCCUCCUUCACCCCGGAGACCCCAUGUUCCUGUGUUUCUCAGGGGAAACGCUGCGCUACAGAGGGAAAGAAGCACUCUAUCCGUUCUUCAUAAACGAGGGUGCGUACUAUGAGAAGGGUGUCGCUCUUUCCCUCGCUAGGAAGAGAAGAGUGCAGAUUCCUUCAGUCCGCUCAGAGACGCUGAGAUGAAGAAACACAAGCAUGAACAUGAGCUCAAGACGAGUUUAUUACUGAUGCCAGGGAACACUGCAUGUGUGAAAAACAGCCAACUUUAAGAUAUUCUGAAAAACAUACGUCCACUGUGUAAAUAGUGCACAGAUGAUGUUUUUAUUAGCAUGGACACACAGAUCACCAACUACACUGGUCAGUCUGUGCGGUUACACAACAGAUCAGAGAGAUACUGUAUCCCAUAAUGCACCUGACACCACCUUCCAUCUCCAGUGUGACGAAUGAACCAGAAUCCACAUCAACAAGCACUGACACAUCAUCACACAUGUAGCUUGUUAGCAAUUACCAAAAAUAAAUGUACUGUACAGAAAUAAAUAUGAAUUAUAGUAAUAAAUAACAUUAAUACAUUUAAAAGCAGCACACUAAGAUUACUGGCUGUUCGUGCUGCUUCACUAAAGCUAAAACACAAGAAGUCGAGCUGUUUGACGUUUCUAAUACAGUAUAAAUCUGAAAUCACAGAUUGCAUGCGUCACAAACACUGAGUGAAAGUUUAUCAGUGCUUAAACUAUAAAACACACACUCUUCAGUUCUUGGUUUUGAGUGCUGUUGCUGGAGUUUAGAUUAGUUUCUGUUGCUGUUUAUUUAUCAGUUACACACAACUAGUUAUGCAUAAAAACAUCAGCGACAGUCACUCUACACCUGCAACAGGGUCCAAAGCACUCGCCAAACGCGGGCCGUCCCGUGUAAAAACAAUUACUUGCCGGUUUGCAGAUAAUGUUAUUAUGAACUGCAUUUACUAAAAAUGUAAAAGUAAAAAUGUUUAAAAAUCUAUCCAAAAGCUAUUUAUUAAAUAAACUUCCGUUAGAGAAUCUGUCAUGACUUACUCAGUGGACAAUUCACCAUCAGAGAAAUGGUUAUCCUAAUGUCACAGGGACAAAACAUCAACCCAAAAACAUGCAAAAUACAGUUUAUGGUCGGUACAUUUUAGUUUGUCUUUUUAUCCCCCAGGAGGUGUUGCAAAGUGUGAAUUUUGGACCCUCCCAUCAUGAAUCUGGAUUGACACACACACACACACACUUGUAGAGAUUUCUCCAGAAUUAAGGGCUCAUUAUCUCUCGAAAGUGCAUCUGACGUUCUCAGAACAAGACUAGCAGGUGUCGCUCUUCAACACACUGACCACAUUUAUGUACAAUAGAUUCAGUGUCACUGUUCAUUUUAGAUUUUUUCUGUUUGAUUGGAUCUGAACCAUGGCAGUCGCUCCGCUGAUUUAAGCGACUCUGUAGACAGUCAUGCGGUAGUAGCUCUGACUGUGGCUGCGAGCCGCCCACACCAGCAGCGCAGCGGCCAUCAUGUGCAGAGGAGACGCGAUGAGCGCUAGAUACAGCGACCAGCCCAGCGCACCGUCCACGUGAUCCGGCAACACAGACACACGGUGCAGCAGGUCCAUCCCGGCCAGAAAACAGCACACGGUUGCCAGAGAACACAG